GCUGCGACCAGUGCUCGCUUUAUAUACUACUGCUAUAUUUAGGACAUUUAGUCGCGUACGAUUCUCAUCCUGGACGUGUUUCCUGAAGCAGCUGCAAUUGGCUCAAGAUCUCGGCUAUAUCCUACCAAUCGUAGGACCCGCAGCACAACUCAAAACCAGUACUAAUACGAGCGCGCACCGUGCGGGCUAAAACUGUACAGAGGCUCUCAGACAAGUGACACACCGACUUCAAUAUUCAUGCAAACUUUUUUUUCAAAAUAAAGUAGAAACCCUUUUUGCAAGAGACAGUGAUGGCUUUGAGCGGGACGAUCUUGCCGUCCAUUUCAACAUUUACAAACUCCAAGGUCUAUGACAAGCAAGAGUUUUGUGAUAAAUGGAAAAGCGAUCCUGGAGCCAAACAGACUCCACUCCAGUGCUCACUGACAGACUUUCUGCCCAGUUCUGGGGGGUUCACACGGGACAACAAUCGCGACGAUGAUCUCAGCCUACUCGAUAUGGAUUUUAUCUUGUCCCACUCCAUCGGCAUGAAUUCCACCGACGCCCGGGACUACCUCUUGUCCACGGAAGAUAACAGCCAAUACUACCUGAAGAGUGAGUGCGACCCUUACCCUUCGCAAGACCAGCUCAAUACCAUGGGCUUCCCGGCUUGCAGCAUGAUGGAGGAACUGAUGCGCCACGAUGCCGCGACCGAGUACUGCCAGCCCAGUUCCAUCCAGGGGCGUUUCGUGUUCACACAGGCUUUCUCUGAAGCCAUGGCCAAGAUACCCAAAGCUGAGCCGAGUAUGGGGAACUACGGGGAGCCCAUGGGCAUGAUGUUAAGGCCAGCUUGCCUCAGGAUCAAACAGGAGGACCCCAUGUCCUGCAUGGUGGCGUACAAUGAGCAGCAACAGCAGCGGCGACUGGGCAGCCCGGCGCCCGGCGGCGGCAGUGUCACCCCCCCGCUCAGCCCCGGCGACCUGAUGAACUCCGAGGGCCAUCAGUCUCAGAUGAUGUGUCCUCCCAGCCUGCCCUACCAAACCGGUUACACCUUCCCUCACCACCAGGUGCACUAUCCCAACCAGUACGGCCUCUUCGAUGAGUCCAGUCCGACCCCGAGAGCCAUGCUCACACCGCCCUCCUCGCCCCUUGAGCUCCUGGACAGUAAACCCAAGCGAGGACGGCGGUCCUGGCCCAGGAAGCGGACAGCGGCGCACACCUGCACAUACGGAGGCUGUGGGAAGACUUACACCAAGAGCUCGCACCUCAAAGCCCACCUCAGGACACACACAGGUGAAAAGCCAUAUCACUGCACUUGGGAUGGGUGCGGCUGGAAGUUUGCCCGUUCCGACGAGCUGACCCGUCACUACCGCAAACACACGGGCCACCGACCAUUCCAGUGUCAGAUGUGCGAACGAGCCUUCUCACGGUCUGACCACCUGGCUUUGCACAUGAAGAGGCACAUAUGAGAGAACAGAAACUCUCUGUCAACUAAAGACAUUUAUCAAAUGUGUUUCGUCACAAGCAAAGACAUUAUUUAAGAACAUACGAACGGCGAAAGCGAGGCGAACAUUUCAUUGGGGAUCUGUAGCUGGUACUACCGCCCUAGAGAUGGGCUGCGAUCGGAGACGUUGGGAUAGAGGGAAGUGACACAGGGCGAACUGUGGACUCCUGGAGUUCGCCGCGGUCCAGAGAACAUCUUGCGGGUCCCCUCGAACUGACUAGGUAAACCAGUGGUUGUACGGACUGGGUGAGGUGCUUACAUUUCCAAAGCAGAUCUUGUCUGAAGGGCUUUGACGAGGUUACGCAGAGAAAGUCGGCAGUAUUUGCCUCUUUCCAGUAACUGAGGGAAUUUGGUUCGUUUAUGGAACUCGGCUCAUCUCACUGCCCCAGUUAUAGCCGCGUAAUAAGCUUCGAAACAAUUUUUUUUUAAUCUUUAAUGUGUGUUCUUUUGUCUUUGAGUUUUGAGAUGACCCUGCGAUGGGUCUGAGCGAAUGUCCGACGACUACUGGGCUGGAGUUUAAUUUGGACUUCAGCCCAGCAAAGAGCAGAGAGUAUCUAUGGUGCAACAGAAACUUUGCCCAUCU